AUGGCUCACACGAGCGGGAGCACGGACAUCAAAGCAUCGGCCUUGGAGCUGAUCGGCAACACUCCACUCGUGGCGCUGGACAGGCUCUGGCCUGGCCCUGGAAGGAUCCUGGCCAAAUGUGAGUUCAUGAAUCCCGGAGCGUCCAUCAAAUGCCGGUCCUCGCUUCACAUGAUCACUAAGGCGUUGGAGUCCGGAGCUUUGAAGCCGGGGGAACCGGUCCUGGAGAUCACCUCCGGGAACCAGGGGUGUGGUCUGGCGGUGGUGUGCGCGGUGCUGGGACAUCCUUUGACCUUGACUAUGUCUGCAGGGAACAGCGUGCAGAGAGCGAUACACAUGGAGGCUCUUGGAGCCAAGUGUGUGAGAGUUCCACAGGUAGAAGGCACUUAUGGUAAUGUGACAUUAGCUGAUGUCAAGGCAGCUGAGGAAAAAGGCUUAAAAAUGGUAGAAGAGACUGGAGCGUACUACGUCAACCAGUUCAACAACGAGAUGAACUCUGACGCUCAUUAUGACACUACGGGCCCAGAGAUCUGGAGACAGACUGGCCAGAGAGUCGAUGCGUUUGUAGCCACAGUUGGCACAGCAGGAACCUUCACUGGGACCUCCAGAUACCUCAAGGAAAAGAAUCCGAACAUUGUAUGUGUGGUCGUGGAACCAGAAGGUUCGGAACCGAUAAGAGGUUGCGAUAUAACAAAGCCAUUACAUUUACUCCAGGGUUCGGGCUACGGGUGUGUUCCAAACUUGUUCAAAUAUGACAAUCUGGACGAGACCAUAAGCGUCAGUGACGAAGAAGUUUUGGAGUACAAGAAGUUGAUUGGAGAAAAGGAAGGUCUGUUCGUGGGUUACACGAGUGCAGCGAAUGUCCUGGCUGCAGUGAAGCUGCUGCAGUCUGGGAAGUUGAAGAAGGACGCCUGGGUGGUGACACUGCUCAAUGAUACUGGCUUGAAGUACACUCCGGUGCCAACAGAGAUCACUAAAGUAUAA